AUGAUUGUUUUGCUUGAUUAUUUCUCACAGAGGCUUCACAAUUCUUUCUCUCCAUUUAUACUUUGUCUCUCUCUCUCCAUUUAUACUUUGUCUCUCUCUCUCCAUUUAUACUUUGUCUCUCUCUCUCCAUUUAUACUUUGUCUCUCUCUCUCCAUUUAUACUUUGUCUCUCUCUCUCCAUUUAUACUCUGUCUCUCUCUCUCCAUUUAUACUCUGUCUCUCUCUCUCCAUUUAUACUCUGUCUCUCUCUCUCCAUUUAUACUCUGUCUCUCUCUCUCUCCAUUUAUACUCUGUCUCUCUCUCUCUCUCCAUUUAUACUCUGUCUCUCUCUCUCUCUCUCCAUUUAUACUGUCUCUCUCUCUCUCCAUUUAUACUCUGUCUCUCUCUGUCUCUGUCUCUCUCUGUUUAUUCUCUGUAUCUGUCUCUCUCUCUCUCUGUUUAUUCUCUGUAUCUGUCUCUCUCUCUCUCUGUUUAUUCUCUGUAUCUGUCUCUCUCUCUCACUCUGUUUAUUCUGUCUCUCUCUCUCUCUGUUUAUUCUCUCUCUCCCCGUUUAUUCUCUCUGUCUCUCUCCCCGUUUAUUCUCUCUGUCUCUCCUCUUUCAAUCUCCAUUUAUCUUCUCUGUCUCUUCUCUCUAUUUCUGAAACAUUUUCUAUUUUGUAAUAGCUGUACUAUAUAUCAAUUUCUUAGAUAA